CCCCGCUCCCCGCUCCGUGCCCGGUCCCCCCCGCCGGGGCUGCGCGGCGGAGAGGGAUGCGGCGCGGCGCCCUCCCUCCCGCCGGCAGCAUGAGCCCGUCCUUCCUCCUCCUCCUCCUCCUCCUCGCCCUGCCCGCCCGCGCCCGGCGGGAGCAGGUGCCCGGCGGGGCGCAGCCGGGGCCGGCGGGCCGCAACGCCCCCGUGCCUUCCUCCUCCUCCUCCUCCUCUUCCUCCUCGCCUUCCUCCUCCUCUUCCUCGGCGGCGGCGGCGGGGCCGAGCCGCUUCCCGCGGAGCCGCCCGGGGCGGCGGCGGGGCCGGCUGUACUGCCGGGUGGGCAUCGGCUUCCACCUCCAGCUGCACCCCGACGGCCGGGUGGACGGCGCCCACGACGCGAGCCCGCUCAGUAUUUUGGAAAUAUUUGCUGUGUCUCAGGGGAUUGUAGGAAUACGAGGAGUUUUCAGCAACAAAUUUUUAGCGAUGUCAAAAAAAGGAAAACUCCAUGCAAGUGCCCGGUUCACGGCGGACUGCCAGUUUCGGGAGCGAUUCCAGGAGAACAGCUACAACACCUACGCCUCGGCCGUCCACCGCAGCCCGCGCUCGGGCCGGCAGUGGUACGUGGCACUCAACAAGCGGGGCAAAGCCAAGCGGGGCUGCAGCCCCCGUGCCCGGCCCCAGCACGUCUCCACACAUUUCCUCCCCCGCUUUCGGCAGCCCCAGCCCCCCGAGCUCGCCUUCACCGUCACCCUCCCCGAAAAGAAGCCGCCACCGCCCCCAAAACCGAAGGUCGCCCCAUCCCCGCCUCGGAAAAACCCCGGCCCCGUCAAGUACCGGCUGAAGUUUCGCUUCGGGUAGCGUGCAGUGGCGGGGAUGCUGGCAUGGGAGAGAGCAGGCGCCUGGGCGGCUUUUUGGGGGUGACCUCGUGGGAGACCUGAGUCCCCCCCUCCCCGCCUCCCCUGACGGAUGUGGCGAGGCUCCAGGUAGCUGUGUUGGGCUUGGGGUCUUCUCUUCGCCCUGCAAACCGGACAGCAUCCUCGGAGGCAUGCGCUGGGACGACACAACUUGGGCUUUCCAAAGAGUAUUCCUGUGGUGAACAGAAAACACUUGAUGGACCUCGGGUUCAUUUUCUGUGGUUGAAAGAAGCAGAAAGGUACCUCUACGGCGAACAUGUUUUCUUAACUUAUUUUCACUAUUGACUCUUUUGACAAUCAUUUUCAUGCAAGAGAUAUGUUCAAAGCCAACCUAUUAAGUGUUUUUUUUUCCUUUUUUUUUUUUUUUGCAUCUCCUUUUUGCUGCACUUUUUUCCUCUGACCAUACCUCAGGCACCGUGUAUCCAGGUCUGCCCCUUCCCCUUCUCUUAAAAACCAGCUCCUCCCUUCCACAACAAAACAACAAGAUCAAGCCCAACAAAUUCAUUCAUCUUGCCUGUGGUGCAAGGGGGUCUUAAAACUCUUUGUUGGCAAUAAUACAUAGAGAUAUAUAUAUAUUUUUUUAAGGGUUGCAGGCUUGGGGAGGGCGGCUGUUUGCAGCCCUGCUCCUGGUGGUCUCUCCUGUUCUUCCCUGGACAGCUGGAGGAGUGAGUCUCCUCCCGUCCAUCAAAGUAUGGCUUCGACGUCUGUGUUUAAAAUACCUCUGCCCCGGCCCCGUGGCAUUCCUGCUCGCACGGGGAGGGAGCCAGGCCGAGACCCCUCCGAGCCUCUGCUCCCUGGGGACGGGGAUGCGCUUGGCCUCUGACUGCCCCGGUUUCUUCCGACAGUUUGCGCUGCUGAUUUAUUUUAUCAUUCACAAUAUGCUUAUAGAGUGGGGGGAAAGGGUUUUAUUUUAUAGCGAGUGUGGCGAUGUGGCAAUAAAUGCUGUAACAGCUACUUGUACCUUUGGAAGUGUUUUUUCCCACCCAGGUUGCCCUAUGGCCCCGACUGUCGAUUUGUUUCUCUUUUGCGGUGUUAUCUAUGGAGUAAUUGUGCGUAGGGGUUUUUAA